CCCAGCCCCCACUCCGCGUCCGCCUCGCCUGCUAGGCGUGCUGUCCUGGCGUCCUGUCUGUCCGUCCGAUUGCGACACGAUCAGGGCGGCCACGAAGGGGGCGUCAGUACUCGGUCGCGGUCGCAUAGACGCGGCCUCGGCAUGAAGUCCCGCAGGGACAAGCUGCACAUCCCGGCGUUGACCCUCGAGUCGCCCCGAAUCGCACCACCGCCUCCGGGGAGCCCUCCCGGGUCAUCGGUCUGGCCCCGCCCUCGUGGCCUACGUCUGUCUCCAAGCAGCCAGAGCCCGUCCUUGCUGAGUCCCAGCAGCCCCUGCAGCCCCUGCAGCCCCUCGCUGGGCCUGCACCCCUGGAGCUGCCGCAGCGGGAACCGCAAGAGCCUGGUGGUAGGAACGCCCUCACCCACCCUUUCCCGGCCCCUGUCGCCACUGUCCAUCCCAACAGCAGGCAGCAGCCCCUUAGAUAGUCCUCGGAAUUUCUCAGCUGCCUCUGCCAUCAACUUCCCUUUUGCACGGAGCCACAUCGCACGCACAGACAGGGCCGACGGCAGAAGAUGGUCCCUCGCGUCGCUCCCAUCUUCUGGCUAUGGAACCAACACGCCCAGCUCCACUGUCUCGUCGAGCUCAUCCUCUCGGGAGCGCCUCCACCAGCUUCCUUUCCAGCCAACACCGGACGAACUCUGCUUCCUGUCCAAGCAUUUCCGCAGCUCAGACAGUGUGGCUGAUGAGGAGGGCGGCCACCGCUCACCUCGCCUCCGCCCCCGCUCCCGCAGCCUCAGCCCUGGACGCACCACAGGGACCUUCGACAAUGAGAUCGUAAUGAUGAAUCAUGUGUACCGGGAGAGAUUCCCCAAGGCCACAGCACAGAUGGAGGGCCGUCUGCAGGAGUUCCUGGCCGCCUUCUCGCCCGGCGCCCGGCUGGCACUGGCUGACGGUGUCCUGGGUUUCAUCCACCACCAAAUCAUCGAGCUGGCCCGCGACUGCCUGGCCAAGUCUGGAGAGGCGCUUGUCACCUCCCGCUACUUCCUGGAGAUGCAGGAGAAGCUGGAGCGGCUACUGCAGGAUGCCCACGAGCGCUCAGACAGUGAGGAAGUUGGCUUCAUUGUCCAGCUCGUCCGGAAGCUGCUGAUCAUCAUUUCGCGGCCAGCAAGGCUCCUCGAGUGCCUGGAGUUUGACCCCGAGGAGUUUUACCACCUGCUGGAGGCUGCCGAAGGCCAGGCCCGAGAGGGCCAGGGCAUCAAGACUGACCUGCCACAGUACAUCAUUGGGCAGCUGGGCCUGGCUAAGGAUCCGCUCCAGGAGAUGGUGCCUCUGAGUCACCUUGACGACAGUGGAGGACAGCCACCAGUGCCCGAGGAUGCCCCCGAGAGUCGUGCCCUGGUCGGACCUUCACGGAGGAAGCCAUGUGAGAGCGACUUCGAGACUAUCAAACUCAUUAGCAAUGGGGCCUAUGGGUCACGUCCCGGUGCCUGCGGGGGGCUCCGGCAACCCCCACCCCCGCUCCAACCCCACCCCAGGGCCGUCUACCUGGUGCGGCACCGGGAAACGAGGCAGCGUUUUGCCAUCAAGAAGAUCAACAAGCAGAACCUGAUGCUGCGCAACCAGAUCCAGCAGGUCUUCGUGGAGCGGGACAUCCUCACCUUCGCCGAGAACCCGUUCGUGGUCAGCAUGUUCUGCUCGUUCGAGACCCGGCGCCACCUGUGCAUGGUCAUGGAGUAUGUGGAAGGUGGUGACUGCGCCACACUCCUGAAGAACAUGGGCCCACUGCCUGUGGACAUGGCCCGCAUGUACUUCGCCGAGACGGUGCUGGCACUGGAAUACCUGCACAACUAUGGCAUCGUCCACCGUGACCUCAAGCCUGACAACCUGCUCAUCACCUCGCUUGGCCACAUCAAGCUCACUGACUUCGGCCUGUCUAAGAUUGGGCUCAUGAGUAUGGCCACCAACCUCUACGAAGGCCACAUCGAGAAAGACACCCGGGAGUUCGUGGACAAGCAGGUUUGCGGGACGCCUGAGUACAUCGCCCCCGAGGUGAUCUUCCGCCAGGGCUACGGGAAGCCAGUGGACUGGUGGGCCAUGGGCGUCGUCCUCUAUGAAUUCCUGGUGGGCUGCGUGCCCUUCUUCGGCGAUACCCCCGAGGAACUCUUUGGCCAGGUGGUCAGUGACGAGAUCAUGUGGCCAGAGGGAGAGGAGGCCCUCCCAGCCGAUGCCCAGGACCUUAUCACCAGGCUGCUCCGACAGAGCCCACUCGACCGCCUGGGCACUGGAGGCACCCAUGAGGUCAAGCAACACCCAUUCUUCUGGACGCUGGACUGGGCCGGGCUUCUGCGUCACAAGGCCGAGUUCGUGCCGCAGCUUGAAGCAGAGGACGAUACCAGCUACUUCGACACCCGCUCGGAACGUUACCGCCACCUGGGCUCUGAAGAUGACGAGACUAACGAUGAGGAGUCAUCUGCAGAGAUCCCCCAGUUCUCGUCCUGUUCCCACCGCUUCAGCAAGGUCUAUAGCAGCUCUGAGUUCCUGGCCGCCCAGCCCACCCCAACCUUCGCUGAACGGAGCUUCAGUGAGGACCGGGAGGAAGGGUGGGAACGCAGCAACGAGGGGGACUAUGGGCGCCGGCUGAGCACCACCGAGGUCCGGCUGAGAUCCUGCACAUCUUCUGGUUCAUCUUGCCACUCAUCCUCCUCCCAGCCUGAGCGGGGCCCUAGCCCAUCUCUCCUGAACACCAUCAGCCUGGACACGAUGCCCAAGUUUGCCUUCUCAUCAGAGGAUGAGGGAGCUGGCCCUGGUCCUGUGGGUCCCAAAAGGCCCGUCUUCAUUCUGGGGGAGCCCGAUGCUCCCCCAGAAGCCACCCCAGUGAUACCCAAGCCCUCCAGCCUUUCUGCUGACACCGCCGCCCUCAGCCAUGCGCGCCUACGAAGCAACAGCACCGGUGCACGACACUCCAUGCCACGGGCCCUGGAUGCUGGCCGGGGCCGCCGCCUCGGGAGCCCAAGGGACUCUGCCCCGGAGAAAUCCAGGACCUCCCCCAGCGGAGGCCGCGUGCCCAAGUCAGCCUCAGUGUCCGCCCUGUCGCUCAUCAUCACAGCAGAUGAUGGCAGCGGUGGCCCCCUCAUGAGCCCCCUGUCCCCACGCUCACUGUCCUCUAACCCAUCGUCCCGCGACUCCUCUCCAAGCCGAGACCCUUCCCCUGUGUGUGGCAGCCUGCGGCCCCCCAUCGUCAUCCACAGCUCAGGCAAGAAGUACGGCUUCAACCUGCGGGCGAUCCGCGUCUACAUGGGCGACAGUGACGUCUACACUGUGCACCACGUGGUGUGGAGUGUGGAGGAAGGAAGCCCCGCCCAGGAGGCGGGCCUGCGAGCUGGGGACCUGAUCACCCACAUCAACGGGGAGUCCGUCCUGGGAUUGGUGCACAUGGAUGUCGUGGAGCUGUUGCUGAAGAGCAGCAACAAGAUCGCCCUUCGGACCACAGCGCUGGAGAACACGUCCAUCAAGGUGGGCCCCGCCCGGAAGAACGUGACCAAGGGCCGCAUGGCGCGCAGGAGCAAGCGGAGCCGCCGGCGGGAGACGCAGGACCGGCGGAAAUCGCUCUUCAAGAAGAUCUCAAAACAGUCGUCCGUGCUGCACACCAGCCGCAGCUUCUCCUCCGGCCUCCACCAGUCCCUGUCGUCCAGCGAAAGCCUCCCAGGCUCCCCCACCCACAGCCUGUCCCCCAGCCCCACCACACCCUGCCGCAGCCCGGCUCCCGAUGCCCCAGCAGACACAGCGUCUCCACCCAACAUAUCCCCAAGCUCCAGCAGCCCUGCAUCUCCAGCUGCCGCUGGCCACACACGCCCCAGCUCCCUGCACGGCCUGGCUGCCAAGCUCGGGCCACCUCGCCCCAAAGCCGGCCGCCGCAAGUCCACCAGCAGCAUCCCGCCCUCCCCGCUGGCCUGCCCACCUGUGUCCGCGCCCCCACCCCGCUCACCCUCACCCCUGCCAGGGCACCCACCCGUGCCUGCCCGAUCCCCAAGGCUGCGCCGAGGCCAGUCAGCUGACAAGCUGGGUACAGGUGAGCGACUGGACGGGGAUCUGGGGCGCCGCAGCCGCGGGCCAGACUCUGAGCUGGUGAUCAUGCGACGGCUGCAUCUGUCUGAGCGCCGAGACUCCUUCAAGAAGCAGGAGGCCGUGCAGGAGGUGAGCUUUGACGAGCCACUGGAAGAAGCCACUGGGCCACCCACCUUGGUGCCGCAAAUUGCCGUGGAGGGCGCUGAGGCUGUGUCCGGAGCCCCUGGACCCUCUGGAAGAGACUAAUCUACCUGGCCUCCCCCUGGCCUGGCAGUCAAUGCAUUUUCUGUGGAAUGUGUUUUCCAUAAACUGACACCCGGAUGGAGAGUGAGCCACCAGCCUUUGAUACCUGAAAGAAGAGAGGCCAUCGCGGUUCUUGCCAGAAGGCCUAGACAGUGCCUCCUUCGUGUUUUGGAGCUGGUCAAUCAGGGGCCUAUAGGGGCAGGAAUGGGAGACUAGGGUGGCGUUGUAAAUAGCGGCAAAUCCCUGCAACUAAUUUAUUACUUUUUAUAAGCGAUAGUCAGACUGAGUUGCCAGCCUUAAGGCGGCUGCCCGGGUCUUGCCCCAGGCACCUGGGACCCAUUUGUAAACCCUGCCCACCUGGGCUGAGAAGGAAGCACUUUGGACAAGUCAACACUUGUCUGUGUUCGUGUUUUAUGGUUUUUCUGUUCUUUUAAAGUUUUGUGUGUGUGUGUUACUCGAUCCCAUCCCUGACUCAAGACCCAUACAUUUGAAGGGAUGCAGCCUAGCUUAUCAGUCCAGGCCCAGUUUGGAUGACUUGGAGAGUCUCUAAACAAUUCCCUUCCACCACAAAACAAAGUAGUUCUGAUGAUGGACUGGAUUCUGCAGGCUACUUCCCACCAUCAUGGCCUCCAUCUCUCGGCCAGCCUUGCUAGAGUCUGCCUCCAGUCCUAUAGGCUUAGGGGUUGUGGGAACUGGGGCUUCGAUGUAUGAGUAGAAGUUCACCAAAUAUAGACAGAGGAGUCAUCCACCUCACAGGCAGACACUGUGCCCCGGGAGGCAGAGGCCUCAAAGGGCAGUGCCAGUAGGGGAAGAAUGUCCACCCUGGACACAAGGUUUUUUGUAUUUGAUGCUUGCCAGGGUGAGAACUUGACCAUGAUGUGUCUGAAACACCCCCUGGGAAGUGCCCUCGAUAUGUCAGAGCCUUGCUGGGAUGAAAUCUGAAUAAGAAAAUCCAACUGGGGGGCAGUGAGGCCCCAGUUGAAAUCUUGGCUUCACUGGCUCUGGGAAAAUGGCUUCCCCACUCUGUGCCUCAGUUUCCUUGUGUUUACAAAACUAAUACUAAUGACUAUUUAUUAAGCACCUACUGUAUGCCAAGCGCUUUUACUUGUGGCUUCUCCCUCAGUCAGCCUUGAGAAGGCUGGAGGUAGUGUUGUCCUCCCCAUAACUAAGGCCUGGCAAGGGGUGGAGACUUGCCCCACGCUUUCCUGGUAAGAGUCAUGCAGCCAGCCCCUGUCCUGGGCAUUGUCAAGGGAGCUGUGGAGAAUCUGUUGUCAGAUACAGCAGACUCCAACUCCAACCCUCUCCCCUGAAAUGCUGUGUGGCCCACUGGGCAUCUCAGAGCCUCCAUUUUCAUUGGGAGAUGGCUGACAUGAUGGCUGUGUCCCACAUGAUGAGGGCACUUUGCAGGCUCUGCAGCCCACUCUGCAUUCCUUCCGGAGACACCCACACAGCACUGCCUGGUGUUGGAGCUAGAUCAAGGCUGUGCAUGACUUUUGCUCCCGCCUUCCAUCCUGGAGCUGACAGUGAAUAAAAGCUCACAUUUACAAA